AUGCCGACCAGACGCAUCUGGCGGUGCGCUCAACGCGUGCCUCCCGAUCUUGCCGGGCGGUCAUCUAUUAUCGGAAGGGCUCCGAGCCCGUGUCUGCCAUCGGUGCGGUUCCAAAGCCACAUCCUCUCCCGGAAUAUUCACACUACUGUACGGACCACAAAAAGACGCACUAUACCGUGCCGUCAUUUGCAUCAACCUCUAUACUUGAGUAGCAGUCGUCAGUCACGCACCAUUUUUACAGAGUCUAUACCACCAAUCCUGAUACCUCCGGUCAUUUUCACGGGUCUGCUCCUCUCCCUAUGGACCUGGAAAUGCUUCUGGAUUGUAGUGAUGCAAGAAAAGCUUCUCUAUCUCACCUGGCUGCCACCGUUCGCACGAGCCGAAAAGAUCUCCGACUAUGAAACUGAAUGUAAGCCGGUGCGCUGGCGAGCGCACCAAAUUCGGAGUCGCGAUGGUACAAAACUAUCAGUAUGCGAAGGUCGCAUUCCUGUUAAAGCCACUUCUUCUGAAAGCAUUCAGCAGACGAAAAAUCACAGUAAGAAGAAAUUAGUAGUGGUUUGCUACUUCCAGGGCAACGGUGGCUCAACUCCCAUGCGUUUGCCCCUUCUAUCGCAGUUCCUGCGCGCAAUCUACGCCUCUCCCAAAACUUCUCCUGCUGCUUCAGCGUCUGAAGAGAAGGACUACGUGGUAGUAGCUCUCUCCUACCGCGGAUUCUGGACAUCUUCUGGUCGUCCUACCCAGCAUGGUAUUGAGCUCGAUACUCAAGCUUUUCUUGAUUGGGUUACGGAGACCUACACUGCCCCGGACACAGAUCUCCAGAUCAUUCUGUGGGGGCAUAGUCUGGGUUCGGCGAUUGCGACCACUGGUCUUGCUACGUAUCUUCCGCGGUCGCGCAAUGCAAAUUCCCAAUCUUCGGCUCCUAUUUCUGGGAUGAUUCUCGAGGCGCCUUCCUCCAGCGUCAAGGACAUGCUGAUUAGCCUCUAUCCCCAGAAAUGGUUGCCGUAUCGAUAUCUUUGGCCGUUUUUGCGGAGUCAUUGGGAUAGUAUCCUUGCUAUGGAUCGGAUGGCACGCUGGAGGGAUGAUUUAAAUGAUGGAGAUAAAUACAUCCUAAUAAUGUCUGCCGAGAAAGACGAGGUCAUUCCCGCACAUGCAGCAGAUGAUCUGGAACGGGAGGGCAGACUACUUGGCCUGGAUAUGUCUCGAAAACACGUUCUUGGGGCUCUUCAUACGGAGAUCCCAGUCAAGGCGAGUGGGAGAGAUGCUAUGGUAGAAUUCAUUGGUCGAUUGUUAGCUUCGUAA